UCCGGGCGGCGAUGGCGAUGGCGAUGGCGGCCGCGGCGGGGGCGGCAGCGAGCGAGGCCGACGAGCUCUUCGACGUCAGGAACCACUUCUACAUCGGCGCCUCGCAGGCCGCCAUCAACGAGGCGCAGCGCGUCAAGCCGUCAAGUCCUGAAAAAGAAGUGGAGAGAGACCUGUUCUUGUAUCGGGCUUACAUCGCCCAGCGAAAAUACGGCGUGGUGCUUGACGAAAUCAAGCCCAGCGCCUGUCCAGAGCUCCAGGCUGUACGGAUGUUUGCAGAAUACCUUUCCAGUGAGAACCGAAGGGAUGCAAUUGUGGCCGAACUGGACAAGAAGAUGGCCAAAAGCGUGGACGUCACCAACACGGCCUUCCUGGUGAUGGCGGCGUCGGUCUACUUCCACGACCAAAACCCGGAUGCGGCGCUUCGGACCUUGCGCCAGGGGGAGAGCUGGGAGUGCAUGGCGAUGACCAUCCAGAUCUUGCUGAAACUGGACCGUCUGGAUUUGGCCCGAAAGGAGCUGAAGAAGAUGCAGGAGCAGGACGAAGACGCCACCCUGACCCAGCUGGCUACCGCCUGGGUGAACCUGGCCAUGGGGGGCGAGAAAUUGCAGGACGCCUAUUACAUCUUCCAGGAGAUGGCGGAGAAGUGGUCGCCCACCCUGCUGCUCCUGAACGGCCAGGCCGCCUGCUACAUGGCCCAGGGGAAGUGGGAAGACGCCGAAGCCGUGCUCCAGGAGGCCCUCGACAAGGACAGCAGCCACCCUGAGACCCUGAUCAACUUCGUGGUCCUCUCGCAACACCUGGGCAAGCCCCCGGAGGUGACCAACCGGUACCUCUCGCAACUGAAAGACGCCCACCGAAACCACCCGUUCGUCAAGGAGUACCAGGCCAAGGAGAACGAAUUUGAUCGGCUGGCCGUGCAGUUUGCUCCCUGCGCUUGAGGGUUGCUGGACAGAUCCCUCGGCCGGCGACGUCCCUGCGGAGUGGGAUUCCGCGCUGGCGGCCCCCAGGAAUCGGCGCCUCUCCCGUAGAGCGAACCUCAGCUGGGGUUCCCUGACGCGCGCCGGCUACAGGCGCUGUAGAAAUUCGGUUCUUUCCCGCUGCGAUGUCUUUCGAACCUCCUGUUAUGAGAGAACCCAGCGGGGAAUAGAGACUUCUCAGUUUCCCCCGUUUCAACAUUCCCAAUAAAGCCCCCGCUAGGUUUAUCUACCUA